AAAAUAGCUACUUGGUUCUUGUUUGACAAAUAGUGAAAGAAAUUGAUCCGAGAUCUGACACCUUUCAAGAGGGGCACAACUCAUCAUCAUGGCACUUCAGCAGGGACAGCGAAGGCAAGAAGACAUCGAUUUGGUUGAAGACAUUCGAGAGCAUUGGCGCCAGCCAAAGUUCUUGUUGAGCAGAUUCCAGACAUGGGUGACCCUACAGCCAGUUGCUGUCGAGGCUCUGGUGGCAACGCUUGCUGGAAGUGGUCAGGGAGCCUUGCUUGGUGGCGUGAUGGGGUCCAUCUCGAAGAUGGAUCCUAAUUCAACAAAUCAGCUGCUGAAUCAACCCAACUCCAACCCAGACAUGGUGAAGCAGAUGCAAGCGUUCCAGAGCGGGGGGCCCUGGGUGCAAGCGCGCAACUUUGCAGUGCUGACCGGUGUGGGAGCGGGACUCACAGUGGCCAUCAAGCGGAUUCGAGGCAAAGAGGAUGUUUACUCCACAAUGGCCUCGGCUUUUGGUUCGGGCGUGGCAUUCUCUCUGGUGUCCGGCAUGACAGCGGGGAACAAGCUGCAGGGCGCUUUCACAACAGGCACCCUCUUUGCCCUGUUCCAAGGCGCCUUCUACCAGCUCGGUAAGAAGUUCAAGUCUGGAAACACCACAGAGGAGCUCCCGGAGUAUGCUCGCGCGACCCACCUGCUGGCAACACUGGGCUUCCAGAAGUACCAGAAGAACUUGAAGACAGGGCAGCUCAACGACAGUACCCUCAUGCUCUGGAAUGACAGUGCUCUGAGGGAAGUGAAGAUCCCACCGGGGCCGCGGCUGCUCAUCAUGCACCACCUUGAGCGCUACAGGCAUGUGCUCAAGCCGGGCAUGCCGCUGCCGCAGCCGCCGCCGCUGCCGCCGCAGCACAUGCAGGGGCAGGCUGCAGUGCAGCGCAAGUAG